AUGUUUCCGAUCAAUAUCGGCAUAGUGCGUGGAAUCGAAUACAAAACAACGUCGUUUACAAUACACGUCAGUGCGUUUUGCUGUGAGAGCGUAACGAGUGACAUUGGAGUGGAACCUUAUGGUAUUGUCUGUAAUUGCCAGCAAGGGAUUUCAAGUGCUUGCUAUGUUAUGCAGAUAAGUACACGGUAUUAAUGUGUACGCAGUUUAAACUAACUGUAGAGAAAUUUUAGUUUGUAGUAUAUUGCUUUCAAGAACAAUCGGUUAGACUUAAAGGGUUGCAAGUUUUAUUAUAGAACCUACAAGUUCCUUUUUUACUGUAAAUGUCAAAGGCAAGAAUACGUUAUUUGUUACAUCUGCACGUUUAGUAAUAUGUAAACACAACUGUGCAUAAACAUAUUGUAUAUGUUGUAGUAUUGCCGUCACGAUUGCUUUUCUGACGAUUUUAGCAGGGUUUUAAUUAAUAGUAUAGCUGCGUCAUACGGGUAGAGUGUCGCGCACUAUCUAACGAUCGAAACUUGAUAUAGUAAACCACUGCCUUCUCUGUGGUUACCGCUCAUCGAAUUUGCAUUGGGCUGGAAUUGCAAUCUGACGUCACAUCUCUGUCGUAGUGUCAUUUACACGUGUAUGUGUUUUAGAUGCCAAACUUAUUGCGCCCUUGAACUUAGAUACGUCCUAUGCAGUAACGGUGUCGAAAAUAGCACAGAACUUUACAAUAGGUGUUUAGCGUUGUCAUCAUAACAAAGUACAGGCAUGAAAGCUUAUUGUAAAGACUGUGUACUUAGUAAGGCGGAACACAUCUAUUGCUAAAAGCUUUGCGUUUAGGAGCACGUAAGCGACUAUUUUUUAUAUUUUGUAUUAUCAUAAUCAUUUUCAAAUAUGGUCCUAAAGUGAUUUCCGCAGUUUUAAUAAUUAAUUUGUAUAAGACCAUUGUGGGUUAAAGGAGAAUUUUGUUUUGGCAUGAAAUUGCUUUUUUUUCAAGUUAAACCGGCGAACUGUUUACCACUAUAUAAUGCAAUACCAACGCCUCGCUGUGCGCAACGACUACGUCUUAGCUGUUCCGGUAAAAAGUCAUGAAUAGGGGUGGUGGCACGCGGAUUUGACCUGGCUAAUUCUUCUCGAACGUGCCUCUUCUUAAAAAAUAUACCCACGGGACCGUUACAAAAACCCCGCGCGCAAUAAUGCAGCUUAGGCGAGCUCAGAGGUGGAUAACGUAGGCAUUUUAAAUGCACCGACGGUUGUUGUCGUCACAGAUAUGACGUGAAUGUAUAUAGCCCAUGGAACUUGAUAUGUUGACCGUAACGGAGAUAACGCAUCAUAUAUCGCUUUCUCUGUAAAUACGUUGCACUGACCGGGAAUAUGAAACAGAACAGAAACCAAGGGCCUGUUUUGUAUUUUUAGUAUAAUGAUUUGGUGGUAGGAAUUAGUCAUUGGUUUUACCAGAACCCGUCGUUCAAUAUUGCUCGAUAAUUCGACGAGCUAUACCAGCAGUUACAAGAAAGCUCAGCUAAAUACCGUCGGAUGUUAGCUUUCGAUCAUUUAAGCAAACAACUCGAUUUAUUCUAUUUGUAUGAAGGAGCAGUGACCUAGUGUAAAUAUAGACGCUCUAUUGAAGACAUGGGUAAAAAGACUUUUUAUUGACUUGAAAGCGCAGGUUUUUAUUCUCCGUGUCGGAUUUAACAGAACGUAGAAAGGAUUUUCGUAUUGAUGGGGUCAACAAUCAAUAGUGUAAUGCUAAUUGCAGCGAAGGCUUGCGUUGUAAAUCUUUACCUUGUAAACCAAAGUACUUAUCCGCGAGAAAAGAUUUACCGCAACUUUUUUUUCAGAUAAAUUAUUUAUGUAAUGGUGAAACCGCAUAAUGCAAGACAUAGAAGACGUUUACUAAUUUGAUCAAACAGUAUACCAGCAGAAAAGGAACGAAUUUGAAUAAAAUGUCAACCUUCAUGCACAGAAGCCUGUCACGACAAAUCAGCAACAAACAAGGAUCUCAAUGCUCAUGUUCAAGACAGGCAGGGGAGCGAAUUGAAGGACACGGAAAGAAGUUUCCUUUCAACAUUACCUUUAUCUCAAUUCUAAUUUGCUUGUUAUCUGCAACGAGUGCAGAGGCAGGGAAUACAACUGCAACGAUAAUGCAGAUUAACUUCACGACUGAAGAGCUGCCAAACGUUACCGAGCUAUUCCCUAACCACGAGAAUGAGGUCAGCGGAUCAAACAUUGUUUAUAAAGUGGGUCUUUCCAUACUGCUUGGGAGCAUAUGCGUUGUGACAGUGCUUGGUAACUUGAUGGUCAUUUUUACCGCCACUAUAUUCAGAAAGCUUCGAACUAUCCCGAACAUGUUUAUUAUAAGCCUCGCGUCCGCAGACUUGGUAAUGGGCAUUAUCGUACUGCCAAUGUGGAGCCAAUAUGUUAUCGGGGACUUUAAAUGGGGGUUAGGCUUCUUUUGGUGCGACGUGUGGACUUCUAUUGACGUGCUGAGCGUAACGGCAAGCAUUGGAACUUUAUGUGCAAUAUCCCUCGACCGUUUCGUAGCUAUUACGAUGCCGUUUGAAUAUGCAACAAAGAUGACUCGGCUCAGAGCAAGAUUCAUCAUAGGUUUUAUAUGGAUUGUUUCUGCCACGGUCGCUUUCGUUCCAAUUAAUCUCGGUUGGUGGAAAACAAACAAACCCGAAGACUGGGAAUGUUACGAAAGCGCAACAUGUUGCGAGUUUCGACCUAACAUGAUAUAUGCUGUGGUAUCGUCCUGCAUAUCGUUCUACAUACCACUCACUAUAAUGAUAUGUGCGUACAGCGUCGUAUUUAAAAUUGCAAUACAAAAGCGAGGCGAAAUUCGUAACAGAAGAGGUGUCUUUAGACGAGCUUCGAUGCCUGGUAGCAAAAGUUUGCUUUGGGGAAAGCGAGAACACAGAGCUGUGUUUACAAUGGGAAUUAUAAUGGGCACGUUCGUGGUCUGUUGGCUGCCAUUUUUCAUCGUGAACAUAGCACAGGUGUUUUGCCAAUGUAUUGGCGCCACUCCAUUUCUCAUGGUGAACUGCCUGGGUUACAUCAACAGCUUUUUCAACCCGAUCAUUUACUGUCACAGCAUGGAGUUCCGAAGAGCAUUCAAGAGGGUUUUAAUGUGUGGAUUGUGUCGAGACGGUUUCCAGCAAACCAGCAGAGCUUCGUUGUCAAUCUCUUACGUAUCAAGCUCGAGAUCAAGUGUAAGAACCGAAAGCAGCUUAUUUCAGCUUACCAGUUUCCUCUUAUCCGGUGGUAACUCUGCUAAACGAAGAGCGAGCAGGCUAAGCAACGUUAGCGGACGGAGCAAUCGAACGUCGCCGGAAAACGGCCGGGAUUCUCCAGCUUGUAACAGCAAUUCACAGUUGGGAGAGCCGCGAACACUGGUGUACGGGUUUCGGUCUAGCACCUGCAGGCGGAUGGAUUCAGAUACAACUUCCAGUUCGACGAACUCGGUUGGUACCGCGUCAAACGGCUCGAGGCCGCUACCGAUUGUUGAAAAAAGAUCAACGUCCAUCCUGAACGGCUUUGGGAGGGGUGAGCUGCAUCCACAGCAGAACACACGUCUUUGUAUUAAUGGCCACCAUAGAAAAAGACCAAGCAGCGCCUACAGAGAACUAACGCCAGACGUUUGUAAGAGGUUUCAGCGGAAAUCGUCAUCUCUUCAUGAUCUAGAUGGUAUAGUAGUAGCCUCGAUAGAAACUGUUCCUCAGACAAAAGAAACAGAUCAAUUACUUCUUAACGCCUCUUGUGACUCGGAUGCUUCAGUACAGCAGACGAACAAAACCGAUACUGAAAAUACAACGCUGAACCUCAAUGACAGGUAGCUCAACGUGUCACAUGCACAUGCUACUCUCUGAUAACUAUUUAGCUUCACUGUUACAAAAAGUGUUGCUGUAACGUAUUGUGAAGUCGUAAACAGCAUUAUCCAGAUACCCAAACCGUUUAUUAAAUCCCCCACCUUAUGAAUGUUAAUGGCGUUUGGGAUACUAAAUUAUCAAAGUUUCCUAUUUAAACACGCACCCAAACAGCGGCCAUAGACAGAACUUCUUGUCAUAACGAAGGUCAUAAAUCCAUGAACAAAUAUUAUUAGCGACAGGUCAAAAUUAAAGGCAACAUUACUUCAAUUUCCUGAAAAUCUUACUCACGGUUUGUUUCGCGGUUAUGCGUCCCAUUAUAGUUUGAUUUACGAUUUACAAAGGUAGAAAAAAUAUCACUGUGCUCUCCUAUUGCGCCGACACUCGUUUAUAGCAAAUAUUUUGGUUCGAAGAUUCUGUGGUUACUUUGUUUUUCUUGUCCGUUAUUCCAAAAGAUACCGAUAUUUCACAAAAGACCAGUUUUGUUUAGCUUUCUGAUUAAGAUCACACGUUUCUAUAGCGACACACCCCCUGAGUUCCAAAAUUGGUCUUAAAUUAAGAGGGGUAGACGCGAAAUUUCAACGGGCUAAUCCAACAAAAUACCUUGCAUUGUGUUAUUGUUGGUAUAAACGUGACUCCCGCUGUAUCAACGCAACGUCAAGGUUGAAUUAACUAAAUCUAUCAUGGUAACAAAUAAAGAGCUGGUUUGAAAAGCCACCUAAAACUCAUUUCACUUCGCAUAUCGUUCGCAAUAUCCACUUUGUAGCUUAAACCAACAUUAACGCGUCCGGUGUCUUUUCUGACAUUGUUUUUUAAAAGAACCAAUGUUGAAAGAAACUUUGUGGAUUCUGUGUAUUUAACGUCUCAGGUUUCCGCGGCCGCUAAAAUGCUUUGGCCGCUAAAAUGCUUUGCAGAAUAUAACAUUUGGUUUACACAGCUGAUACACUAUUUCAUUUUAUUCAUUGUCUUGUUAUAUUUUUUCCGUAUUCCUUACAUGUUGCACAGUUCUUAUAUUGCACUCGCACCAGAUCAACAUAAGUUUGUUUGUUUUUUAAAGCGCCCACCGUUCAAAAACUAAA